AUGAUGACAGCAAACAAUCGAAAUCGGCAGCAAGUAAACAAAUCUUGUACUGGCACGGUCUACGUCGGUUUCGUUCUUCUGGAUGCCAGCGAAGACUUCCUGACGGAUGCGACGCAACAGCGAUGCAGCGCCGCCCCAAUAUCUCCCCGCUCCGCCGCCGCCGCCCCCUGCCUUCCACUAUCACCCGCUCAGCCACCACCACCCUCCUCUACAUCGCCGGAGGAACGGGCACACCUGGCGCGCCGCCUCGAGGCCGCGCUCGAGCAGGUGAGGAGGGAGUCGGUGCGGCAGGGCGCGGCGCUGGACGAGCUGAGGCGGCGGCUCGAGCGGCGGCGGGCGCGCGCGGACGAGCUCCUCGUCGCCAGGCGGAGGGCCGCCGAGGGCGUCGAGCGCCGCAAGGAGCAGAUGCAGGCGCAGGUCGAGCGGGUGCUGCCGCUCUCCAGGGCCCUCGCCGCCGCGCACCGGCAGGUGCAGGAUGCCAAGGAGGGAUUAUCCGUGGAGAGGGCGCGGCUUGGGGAUUUGCAGAGGCUGCUCAGGACGAGGCAGCAGUCCAUGGUAGCCCAGGUCGCCGCCCUGUACCCUGUCAGGGUCUUCCGUGACCUGCCGGUUGCACAAAACCACCAUUCCCGUACCAAUGGAGUGUGUCGAACACCUUCGGAAGAGAAUGGGGCACUUACGGAAGAGAAUGGAAAUGGAACACAUUUGCUCACCGUUAUCAAGGACAAAGCACAUGUAAGCAGCAUUGGACCCUUGACAUUUUUUGGUUGGCAAAUUGGAAAGCCCAGGACAAAGAAGCGGACUUACAGCCACAAGGAGCUUCAGUGGUCAGCAGCUGUGCUUGGAUAUGCAGCACAUGAAUUUCGUUGUGAAGCUAAAGCGGGUGUUAAGACAAAGUCCACUCUGUCUAGAUUGAAAACGAUUGGAAACAUGAUUCACCUGAUAUUCAGGGUUAGUCAAAACCAUGGUGAAGUAUUACUGUGCAAGUUUCACUGUCUUGUGUUACUUCUCUCAUCUUUACUAUUUGGCAAAGAGUCAUUCUUUCGUACAUUCAUAAUCACUACCAAGUUUUAUGUUUUAUUGAGUAGUGUUAAACUGUUAAUUAUCGUGUACCAUAGAGCGCUGCUAUUCUAGAUUGUUAGAGACUAGAAUUUAUCGAUGUAUGUGAUGGAGAGACCAGUAGUGUUGUUGAUCUUCCGGUGUUCGUAUAAUUGCUAACAUUUAUUCAUUUCAAAGAUUGGUGCAGGAUAACAAACCUCAUGUUGUCAAAGCUUUGUUCCAAUAUCUAUUAACAUAUUUCUUUUCAAAGAGGAUCGUUGUUAGAAGUCUGAUGAGAUUCCGAUCCCCUAAAAGCAUGGCGAAGACAAGAUCAAGUUCCAUCACUUUGCAUCGAAGGGACUGCCACCUGCCUCAAGAACAAGAAAGGAGAGGACGGUGGGCCUCAUGCCUGAAAUGAUGAGAUAGGGAGAUGAAGGCGGGCCUCGUGCCUGAGACGACGAGGAGCAGGGAGAGGAAGGCGGGCAUCAUGCUUUUCACAUCCUACAUGGGAACACGAACAUGAGGGAAGAAAUCAGGUUGGUGAUGGGGCGUGUGCGUGCGGCACUGGGUGUAGAACAAUUCAACGGCCACCACCAUGUGAGGUGCAAGGUAAGAUCAGCUUCUUCAACUAGGUGCCUCCUACAUCUCACUGUGAGGAUUCGUGGGGCUUAUAUGUGCCACAUGUGAAGGACAAGAUUGUUUUGGACCUUGGCUUGGUGCUUGCCGCGUUUAAGUUGCCCAUCAGGAUGGUCGUGUCCUUGGGUGCAUGGCCUUCGACCACCACCAGAUGCCCACGGGAAACUCACUCAAAAGAAUUUUUCAUUAUACAUUAAUUCAUGAUUUGGUCUUGUUAAUUUAUACUUUGUGAAAGUGCGAUCAGGUAUCUGUGGGGUGCUUUUAGAAAAAGCAGAAGUGGUCAUGCUAGAGCUAGCGCAAUUUAGUUGAAAGGCAUGGGAUCGGUGGCAUGAACAUCUUGGGCUGAUCUUGUGUGCCAUUUGUGCAGGAUUCAGAACAAGAGUGGGAGGGUGAGUAGUGAUGGAAGAAGUAAGGAAAUUGAAAGGAACAACUUCUUGUUGUUGUUGACGCUAACCCAAUACAUUUUGCAUUUCAGCGUGUGUACAACAUGGGAACAUAUAUGUUAUCUCUAGGGGGCAAAGCAUUGUGGAUUUAUCAUCAUUGUGGUAUUUUGGAGGCUAGCUGGAUGUGAUGUCCAGACAGGUAAUUUUGAGCCAAAAUCAGCCUUAAAGGUAGGUCUCAGAUUUUACUCACGCUUCAAUUAUUUUGAGUAUAGCGUUUGCAUUAUUUCUAAGAAGUUUUGUGCCUCAUAGCUUGUGUAUAUAAGCAUAUAUGUACUAUCAGAUAUAUUGUCAGAUUGUAAUGUUGAUAAAAUGAGAGGAAGUUACAAAACUUAGCAUAACAUCUAUUUACUACACAAUGUGCAAGUUUAACAGUUAUUAAUUGUGUGUCUACAACUGUUCUGUUUUUCACUAUUGUUGGUUGAAAUCUGCUUCAACAAUGCGAGUUCUUUAUUCUCAAGACGUUCUUUUGUUCCCUCGGGUGAAUGCGUCUUCCUAAGUAGGUCUGCAUGUUGGUAUUACUUUGUUUGUUGACAUCUUCUUCUCUGUCUACAGACCAUGCUCACUAUUAAAGGGGAGCAACCUGGCCUGUUGCAACUCAUGUGAAUUCAUGCAGAUGAUAUGGUAUCUUACAUUUUUCACUAAUCAAAAGUUCACACAGGGAAUCCAUGCCAGUGUGCUUAACCUUAGCUCACGUCACUUUCCACUGAGGGUGCAAUCAUUGCCAUGUCCCCAUCGCUGCCGCCAUGCAGGAGAACCUCUCAUUGCUGGAUGUAGCAGCGAUGAUGUUCCUGGAGAGAUGUGAAGUGGCAGGGAGGCGCAACUAGGUAUAGGGCGCUACAAUAGUGACUCAUUGCCGUCGAACGACCCUCCCGCUUAGGCGAUGCUCCUGGCCUUGCAUGGUAGACAACAUAUAUACCUCAUAAGCAUGUGUUGAGUUAUUACUGCAGACUAUAACUGUCUUUGUUUGCUAACAUGAGAAAAUCAUUGUACCACCAUCCUUGCUGAUUGAUUCACGCGCAUGUGUGUUUUGUUGGUCUAAGACAGCAACGAAACAUCAUGUGUAGUAGAUGGCGCUGCACCUCACUUGCAGUGAGUGGUGAAGCAUGGUGCCACGAGUGUGGCUGAUGUGCUGCUGGAGGACACGAUCUUGAAGUAGUCGGCAUGAACGGCCACCGGGUCACCUAGGGCCGUGACUCGGGGCACGACGACCGCACACAAGUUUCCAGUAGUAUCAUUGCACAACAUUCUGUCGCUACAAUAUGAAGCAAGCUUGGGGAGUGACAGAAUGCUGCCUCCACCCCUGGUUCCAUUUGUGUGGAGACUCUAAAAAGAGCCGAAGUGAAAGAAGAGAUGGAAUGACAAUGAUGCAACCUUGUCGUGUGAUUCUUGUAUGUAUAUUUGAGGUCCGUAGGAAAAUAUGUAUUAGUGAGAGAAAGUGAUGGAGAUGCAUCUUAGGUGGAGAUGGAAGCAGAGCGUAGAGAUAAAGAGAGCAUUAUUAGUUUGUGAAUGAACUUGUGAUGGAAAGAAUGUUUUCAUGUUCAUAUGUCGCAUUUUCUUACUAUUUCUACUAAGGUGAGGUGCCUUGUAUAUGCCAUAUUUUUAACAUACGUAGUAGAGCGAGACAACAAAACAA